UGCAAAGCGGAUUUGUUGGCAACAAAAACUAAAAUGGCUACUCAGUAACACAACUGCAAUAAACUCUAAUUACCAUAGCUCGAAACUACUCGAAUUAAGAUAUUAAAAACGGAACCAACAUGCAAACUGGUUAACGUGGAUACCAGAGCCAUUUCUCCUAAGCCAAUCAAAAUAUUCUAUAGAAAACACAAAUUUGUUUAAAACAGACAAUGGAAGACUUUGAGGAUACUGCACAUGGCCGGUUUCCUGUUGGCAACGCUUCUGUUUUGCUAGACAACGCCAGCAAUGACACGGAAACCAACUGGUCAACAAUGGCAAAUUUUACCCGGCUCUUUGUCGCAGCUGCUGCGGAAGUGGCCCCCAACAUUGCCAACUAUACGCUCAACAUACUGGAUGCAGGUUUUGCAAUGGCCACAGAAGCCACCAACACGAACACAGUGUCUACACCCAGAGGUCAUGAGGCAGCCUAUGCCAUUAUGACAGACUCACGCCUGAAUAGCUCAACGCUUGGUCACAUCAACACCCUGCAUGAUUCAUCGCCAGUGGCCGAACAAGUGCCCGAGCAUGUCAUGGACCAUGCACCUCAGUUGUCCCGCUCUGGAUUGCUGAAGGUUUAUGUGCUUGCUGUGAUGGCGCUGUUCUCGUUGCUGGGUAAUCUGCUGACCAUCUGGAAUAUAUACAAGACACGUAUUACGCGACGCAAUUCCCGACACACCUGGAGCGCCAUUUACUCUCUGAUGUUUCACUUGUCUAUCGCCGAUGUUCUGGUUACCGGCUUCUGCCUAAUUGGCGAGGCUGCCUGGUGCUAUACGGUCCAGUGGCUCGCUAAUGAGCUCACUUGCAAGCUGGUGAAGCUCUUCCAAAUGUUCAGCCUCUAUCUAUCUACUUACGUGCUGGUUCUUAUCGGCGUCGACCGUUGGAUUGCAGUCAAAUAUCCUAUGAAGUCGCUCAAUAUGGCCAAGAGGUGCCAUCGAUUGCUUGGUGGCACCUACAUACUCUCGCUGGUGCUCAGCCUGCCCCAGUUCUUCAUUUUCCAUGUGGCACGCGGUCCCUUUGUCGAGGAGUUCUAUCAGUGUGUGACUCACGGAUUCUAUACGGCUGACUGGCAGGAGCAGAUGUAUGCCACAUUUACACUCGUCUUUACCUUUUUGCUGCCGCUAUGUAUUCUAUUCGGCACCUACAUGUCAACAUUCCGAACAAUUUCAAGCAGUGAAAAAAUGUUUCAGGGUUCAAAAUUAGCCAACUACUCGACGAAGCAUCUACCAACACAGACGAACCGUCAACGUUUAAUACACAAGGCCAAAAUGAAAUCAUUGCGCAUAUCAGUUGUGAUCAUUAUCGCCUUCCUCAUUUGCUGGACACCAUACUAUGUAAUGAUGAUUAUCUUCAUGUUCUGGAAUCCAGAUAAAAGGCUGGGCGAUGACUUACAGGAUGCCAUCUUUUUCUUUGGAAUGUCUAACAGCUUGGUUAAUCCGCUCAUCUACGGCGCUUUUCAUCUUUGUCCUGGUAAGGGCAACAAAUCGGGAACCGGUGGUGGCAACAACAACGCAUACAGCCUGAACAGAGGUGAUUCACAGCGGACACCUUCGAUGUUGACGGCCGUUACGCAAGUGGAUGCAGCUGGUGGCAAUUCUCGGCAAAUGCGCACUUUCCGCCAGCAGAGCUACUAUCGCAGCUCGAGCAAUGGUGCUGCCGGGGGACCCUUCAAGGAGCAGGUGGGCUUGCUGCAGGCGGGCAACUCCGUAAGCACCGCUCCCACCCCGCAUUUAAUACGGAAGAGCUCCUCGGUGCGCAGUCCACAUCCCAAUCACAAUUCGGUAGUAUCUGUUCGGCAGCCAGGCUGCCUGCGGGAGCAGGAGGAGCAGCUGCUGCUGCAGUCGACGCCAUCGACCCUGGUGCUCAACUACGAUAGCCAGCGGGGCGUGGCCAAUGGGCAUAAGCUAAUGAAGGGCGUGGCCCUGCUGGCUGACAACAAUGAUCGGGUGUCGAGUGUGUGAGCAGAGCUGGCGGCGAUGGUGACGGUCGAGGCAGAGGUGGGUGAAACAAUGCGUGCGGCGGAGGAGGAAGAUGCUUGCUCUUGCUGCCGUUGCCUAAGCCAGGAGCUGGUGCGGCGCCAACAGGGACUCCUAGAGUCACCCUAAAGAAACACCCUAAUUGAAAGUUAAACUCAAAGUUACUGUGCAACAGUCCAACUCUUCCAGUAAUCGUUACGUUGUUCACAGAGGGGUGGAGCUGGGACGGGGCGGGUCGUGGGGCGCUGCCGAUGAUCAGAUCAUUGAGAUGGCGCUUGCAUCGGAUUUGUGCAACUAAUUGAGAAUUAAGUCUUUGAACACUGUUCGUGUGCUAAGUUUGUAAUUGUAGGCUUUAUUUUGAAGUAUGCGUAUGGCUAAGUAUGUUAGCCAAGUAUCUACACUUGGCAUAAGAUUACGUUGACAAUUAAUUGGCAAAAGCUGCUCAUAACUAUACAUGUAAACUAUAUUUAAGUAAACAUAAUGAUAUUUCAUUUGCCACAAAAACUAGAGUUCGUUUAGGAUGCGGGAAAAAGAAACACUUUUAAUGCGAUGGCUUAUGAGUAAUUUAUAAUUACUCAACGACAUCGUGCAGUAGAGUAAAUACUAAGCUGGAGCUGGACAUCGAAGAAUACUUCAACGUACUCAAUGUAAUUAGCUUGGAAACACGUACAGGAUAGUUAGAUGCAAUGUUAUUGCGAAUCUCUGCUACAAGGAUUAUGAGAAAGAAAAAAACUGUAAUCUACACAGGUUAAUUGCCAACGAGCAAAUCCCCUAUAAUACUUAAGAAACUUGUACUUAACUUUGCUCUAUAUAUAUAUAUAUAUAUAUUACUGUGUGUGUGUAUACAAACAGAAAUGUGUAUAUGUACUGUCGAGCUUAUGGAUAAAAUUGGAGGGCAGCAAGUACAACAACAGCGACAACAACGACAACAACAACAACAACUAUAACGUUUGGAACAUAAAAAUAAGCCUCGGGGGAUUUUUGUAUAUUCGACGGCAGCUUCCAGAAUAUGUACAUAAGUAAUGCUCAUAUAACAUAUGUGUAUAGUUCUAAGUGUAUAUAUAUAUGUACGAAUCAUACAUUUCAAUGUGUGUAUUUGUACAUGUAAGAUAAUCUCUGUAAAAUUUGUAUAUUCCAUUUUUUAAUAAAAUCCAAAUGAGUGAAUUGCAAAACAAAAAAUAAAAUAUAAAAA